GAGUAAGAAUGGCCAAUUCAUCGGCGAGUAUAACCGUGUCAAGUAUUUUGAAGAACAAGAGUUCUUUCGAGGAUGAGCCACGGAAGAAGAGCAGGGAGUAUUGGCGAAAGGCGAAAGAACUGGAAGAGGCGAGGAAGGCUGGUACGGCUCCAGCUGCCGUCGACGAGGAGGGCAAAGAUAUCAACCCGCAUAUUCCGCAGUAUAUCAGUGCUACGCCGUGGUACUUCGGUGCUCAAGGUCCUACCUUGAAACAUCAGAGGCCACAACCUGAGAAGCAGAGGAAAUACAGCUCUAUAGAUGCAUGGUACAACCGCGGCGUUGAUACUUCCAACGUAGUGGUCAAAUAUCGCAAGGAUGCUUGUGAGAACUGUGGUGCGAUGACUCACAAAAGGAAGUACUGCAUGGAGAGGCUGCACAAGGUUCGGGCAAAAUAUACAAACUCGAAGAUAGCAGUAGACGAGUUCACGCAGCCCGAAUUGUCGAUAGAUUAUGAUGGCAAGAGAGAUAGGUGGGCUGGUUACGAUCCCUCCGAGCACAGAGCAAUAGUAGAGGAGUACCAGAAGAUAGAGGAGGCCAAGAGACAAAUGCGAGCUCAGAAGCUCAAUGCGGAGGAGGAAAACGACGAACAAGAUUCCGACAAGGAUAAAGACAAGUAUGUUGACGAGGUGGACAUGCCUGGUACAAAGGUGGACUCUAAGCAGCGUAUUACAGUGAGGAACUUGCGAAUUCGAGAAGACACCGCCAGGUAUCUGCGCAAUCUAGACCCGAAUUCGACGUAUUACGAUCCAAAAACCAGAUCUGUGCGAGAUAAUCCCUAUGUUGGCACGGAUCGCGAAGUGGACUAUAAAGGCGAGAACUUCGUACGCUUCUCUAGCGAUACUCAGCAGCAUGCUAACGCACAAUUGUUUGCCUGGGAAGCGCACGAAAAGGGAGUCGACGUACAUUUGCUGGCUGAACCUACGAAACUAGAGUUGUUGAAACAAGAGUACGACAAGAAACGCGACGAGCUGAAGAAUAAGGCACGUGACAGCAUAAUCGAUCGUUACGGAGGCGAGGAGCAUCUUGAGGCGCUCCCGAAAUCUUUAUUAUUGGCGCAGACUGAACAGUACGUCGAAUAUUCGAGAUAUGGUAAGAUAAUCAAAGGACAAGAUCGCCAGGUAAUAAGGUCCAAGUACGAAAAAGACGUUUUCCCGAACAACCAUACGUCGGUCUGGAGUUCUCAUUGGCAGGACGGAAAAUGGGGCUACAAAUGUUGUUUUUCCUUUAUCAAAAAUUCAUAUUGCACUGGAGAGUCUGGGAAGAAAGUGGUGGAGGCGAUAAAUAAUAAUAACAUGCAAAAUAAAAUUAUAUACAAGCCUGAAGCAGAAGAGGUAGAUGACACACCAGAUAUGUUAAACAUCGACAAAAACUCGUCAAACAGCGAAUCUUCGUCUGAAGAUGAACGUACAAAGAAUAAAUCGGAAAAGCAAAGUAAGGCAGCUAAACGAAGAUUGAAGAAACAAAAGCGUAUAAUACGCAUUCGCUAAUCGGCCGUACGCAACGAGUUGAAUCAACUUCAACUUUCUGCGUUGCGUGAAACGGUAAAAAAGUAUGAAAAUCAGUUUCAAACAUACGGAGACCUAACUUCACGCAACCUACCAUUUUCGAAAAA